UCCCUAUUUUUUCCCAUUUGCCAUCAUCUUUAAAACUUAACUUUCUCCCUUUUUUCUAGUGUUACCUUAAUUAAUUUUGCAAAAAAUGGCAUCACUUAUGCGACACUGUUUCUCUAUCCUAGUAUACCUUUCAUUCAUCCAAGCUUCCUUAGGAAGCUCAAAUUCAGCAGGAAAAGUACCAUUAGAUUUAUACUACGAAAGUUUAUGUCCAUAUUGUGCUAAUUUCAUCGUCAACGAACUUCCCAUCAUCUUCAAAAAUGGAAUUAUCGACAUAGUUGAUCUUCGCCUUUUUCCUUGGGGAAAUGCUAGGCUCACUUCUAAUAACUCCUUUAUUUGCCAGCAUGGUCCUAAUGAAUGUUUGUUUAAUACUGUUGAAGCUUGUGCAAUUGAUGCUUGGCCUAAUCUGGAUGAUCACUUCCCAUUUAUUAAGUGUGUUGAGAGUCAGAUUCAUGAGGGUAAGUACACUCAGUGGGCCACUUGUUUCAAGGAGUUGGGUUUGGAUCCAAAACCUGUUACUAGUUGUUACAACGGUGCAUAUGGAAAACAGCUUGUGUUAAAGUAUGCAAGAAUAACGGCUGCACUGAUACCUCCUCACCAAUAUGUGCCCUGGGUAGUUGUAGCCGGCAAACCCCUUCUUGAGGAUUAUGAAAACUUCAUAAGUUACAUCUGCAAAGCUUACAAAGGGAUUCCACCUAGUGCUUGUAAAAAAGCCUCCUUUGCAAGUGUUGUGAAGCAGAAGACUAAAAAUGUUCGUCCUAUUUCCUACAAUGAACACACCACAAAGUUGUCAUUUCUAAUGAAAAUUUGGUCUGUUAUAACAUCGUAGGGGAAGCAAGUAGAAGACAUCGUUGUUGUUUUUCAUAGUGUCGAGUUAAGUCAUGAACUCAUGUAUCACGAUAUAUAAAGGUUAGAUAGUUGUUAUGUAAUUUUAACGAGUCUGUAGAUUAUAUAGGAUAUAUGUUAAUUUCACUCCUAGCUUUGUAUUUGAUGUCUACAGAUAAUAAUUUUACUCUCGAGGUUUAUUUGUUAUUAUUGUAAUUUAAAAAAAUUGUUAUUAGAAUCUUAAUUUUAAUACUAUAGUUGUAUAUUGUAUA